AUGUCCUCGACCCGCCGUCGUAGGUCUCCCACACCACCAUCUAGGUCCCCAUCACCUCCACCCAAUCCGGCAUAUAGAGGUGUGGUCCACGAGCUCAGUUACAAAGUCCCAAUAGCCGAGUUCUUGUCUUCACUCUAUUUGGAAAAUGGUGUCCUACAUUUCCAACUUAUGAACCAUGAUCCUGCCCUGUCCCUAGAUCAAAUCAACGCUAUAAUUGGCGCCCCCACAGAAAGCACCUUUAGCCCCAAUGACCCAAUCCUAGGAUAUAGUGAUCAUACGUGGUGGAAUGGCCUUACGCAUCAACAUCCCUAUGCCUCAAGUUCUGCUAAAGCCUCAUCUCUCAUCCACCCUAUGAUGAAAGUGGCUCAUAGGAUUAUUGCUUCACUUGAUGUCCCUAGAGAAGAAAGAAGCACCAUUUGUGCUCUUGAGCUUAAAAUACUCUAUGCGAUGGCCCACCCGGAUGAAAACCCUGUUCCUCACUAUGGCUUAUUACUUUGCAACAAGCUCACCCGCCUCAGCACUUCACAGUCUAGAAAAAUUUAUUGUGGCGGAAUUGUCAGUUUGUUUUCUAAAACUGCUCCAGUCCGGGACCCAUAUACCGGAAUUCACCAUCCUCUGCCCGGUGACCCCUACCUCACCACGACAGUACUCGAGAGCAUGAGGAUGUUUCGGGCAGAGGACGGGAACCACAAUUGGACUAUGGGCCAAAACCAUGACCCAAAGCUCCUCAUCACUCCCGAAAAUCAGAACAUCCUUUCCCUCAGGCGGCCUACUAACUUCACCGACUGCAAAAUCACGCCUUAUCUUUUCCCCAUCUCCUUCUUCGAGGAGGAAGAUAAGGAAGGUGAAGAAAGUGGAAAGGCUGAUAAUAGUGGCAAGGCGGCACCACAAAAUUCUCCUCCUAUGGGUGGAGCCAGCUCAUCCCGUCAUGCUGGGCACCCAUCAUAUCACCAACAAUAUAUGGAUCAAUUCCAAUCGAUCCAUACCCGCCUCGACACUUACCAUCAAGAACUCACGAACCUAACCCAAAGUUUUUCCUCCUUCACCACUCAAUACGCUUAG